AUGCCAUGCAGGUACACCGCUUAUAUACUGUGCAAAGGUAUCAAAUAUUAUAGUGAAAUAUCACUAUACAUGGAUUCAAUAUUUAAAUUGAUAAAUGAUAAAAGGAAAGAAUUGCAACAAUUCAAAAAGGGUACUUCCAUAUCACAACGGGAACUUCUAAAUAAGGAAAAGGAGGAAAUUCUACAAAGGCAAAGGGAGCAAAAAGAAGCCAAAGAGAAAUUAUCGUACCAAAAACUUGAGCAACUCGAAAAAAGGUUUGAAAGAGGUAACAAACGGAAAUUAGAUACACCAAGCGAAACUAAACAUACUGCUAUUGAAAUUACAAAAGAAACUACAGCCGAAAUAUAUCGCAAGCUGAGGAAAUUAAAGUUACCAAUAAUUAUUUUUGCGGAAACACCCAAUGAAAGAUACAACCGGCUCUGCCGUUCAGAAAUUGGAUUGGCUGGAUCUAACUCAUCCGGAUCGAAUAUAAACCACGACACUCUUGCCAAUGUAGAUCGAGAAUUUGAACUUCACAUUCAAGCCCUGGGCGAUUCAUUAAAUGACCACACUGCUAAGCAUAAAAAAUUAUAUGAACAAAACAACGCGCAAAAAAUUAGUGACCCUAAUGCGAUAAAAACACGAAAAAUUUGCGACUGGAUCUCAAAGAUUUUGGACUUUUGGGAACGGGAAAUAUCACAACAAAAAUCCAAAAUUGGCGUUGAUGUAAAGAGUACUACACUACUUGCGCAAACUAGAACUGGACUAGAACCUCUAGUCAAACUAUUGCGAAAAAAUAAACUUGAUAUAUCAAUACUGGAUAAAUUGUGUAAAAUUAUCGAUUGUAUUGAAACCAUGGAUUAUCGUGGUGCCCAUGAUACGUAUAUGAUGCUGGCCAUUGGUAAUGCGCCAUGGCCCAUGGGCGUGGCUAAUAUUACUAUUCAGGCAAGACCUUGGAGGUCCAAAAUAUAUGAGUCGGAGGUGGCUCACAUACUUAAUGAUGACACUACUAGGAAGUUUAUUCAAAUGUUUAAGCGUUUGAUGACCAUAGCCCAGAGGAUUAACCCCACUAGUAUUUCAAAACAAGUGCAUAUGACGACCCCUCUAAACUGA